UGUCCUCGAUUGUGGACGCGUCUUCGUAACGCAUGAGACAUCUAAAGGGACGCUGCGUUGCGUUCUCGGUUUCAGAUAGGCUAGCCGUUAGCUGAGCUGCAAACCUUGAUAUUGCAUUGUUACAGAACCUGGUGACAGCUAGCUAAGCAUUAAGUCCACCCAUGAACCGGGCUAGUAUCAUGAGUGAUGUUGGGGUUGGUGUGAAGAGAGGCUCGGAUGAGCUCAAUAUGUACAGUAGCAGCCCCAACACGAUGACGGCAAACGGCAGCGACACUAAGAAACAGCGUCUGGAUGAGUCCCCUCCAUCCAGAGUGCUUCACAUCAGAAAACUUCCCAAUGAAGUAUCAGAGACAGAAGUCAUUGCACUGGGACUACCCUUUGGGAAAGUGACCAAUAUAUUGAUGCUGAAGGGGAAAAACCAGGCAUUUCUGGAGCUCAGCACAACGGAAGCCGCCAUUACCAUGGUGAACUACUACUCUGCUGUGACGCCGCAGGUCAGAAAUAGUCCCGUCUUUAUCCAGUACUCUAAUCAUAAGGAAUUGAAAACAGACUCUGCGCUCAACCAGAGAGCCCAAGCAGUGCUCCAGGCGGUCUCGGCGGUUCAAGAUGGAAGUUCUCCAUCAUCGGACCACGGGGUUCUGGACCUUGCUCCACCUCCCAGUCCUGUCCUGCGUAUUAUUAUCGACAACAUGUUUUAUCCCGUGACUCUUGAUGUUCUGCAACAGAUAUUCAGCAAGUUUGGGACAGUCAUGAAGAUCAUUACCUUCACCAAGAACAACCAAUUUCAAGCACUUCUGCAGUUCAGUGAUCCUGUCAACGCCCAGCAGGCUAAACUGUCUCUUGAUGGACAGAACAUCUAUAAUUCUUGCUGUACUUUGAGGAUCGAUUUCAGUAAACUGGUCAAUCUCAACGUCAAAUACAACAAUGACAAGAGUCGAGAUUACACGCGACCGGACCUACCGACUGGAGAUGGAGAGUCAAGCAAGGAUCAUUCUUUAUUGGGUACCCCGUCUGGAGCGCUGGCGUCGUACUCAAGUGGGGCAGGUUACUCAUCCUCUCUCUCCCUCUCGCAGGGUGCAGGAGCCAUUAGCCCUCUGAGCGCCGCCGCCGCCGCGGCAGCCGCCGCAGGACGUGUCGCUCUGUCGGGGUCCGGAGUUUCGGGAGUGCUGCUGGCGUCGAACCUGAACGAAGAGAUGGUCACGCCUCAAAGUCUCUUUACCCUCUUCGGCGUCUAUGGCGACGUGCAACGGGUGAAGAUCCUCUACAAUAAAAAGGACAGCGCUUUAAUACAGUUGUCAGAUGGUAACCAGGCUCAGCUGGCCAUGAGCCACCUGAAUGGUCAGAAGGUGUUUGGUAAAGUGAUGAGAGUGACACUGUCCAAACAUCAAACUGUGGCUCUGCCCAGGGAAGGGCUGGACGACCAGCUUCUAACCAAAGAUUUUUCCGGCUCCCCGCUACAUCGCUUCAAGAAGCCGGGAUCCAAAAACUUUCAGAACAUCUUUCCUCCCUCUGCGACGCUUCAUCUCUCCAACAUCCGGGACGGCAUCGGAGAGGACGACCUGCGUCUCUUGUUCUCCAAUAGCGGGGGUUCGGUCAAGGCCUUCAAGUUCUUCCAGGACCGUAAGAUGGCCUUGAUCCAGAUGUCGUCAGUGGAGGAGGCCAUCCAGACUCUGAUGGAUCUUCAUAAUUAUGACAUGGGCGGGAAUCACCAUCUCAAAGUUUCCUUCUCCAAGUCCACCAUCUAAACCUGACAGCCAACUUGGAAGUGCUGCACUGAACGAGGAGGUCGCUGUCAUUUUUACACAAUUGUAAAAACCACGGCGUCAAAUUUAAGGUUUCGCUGAGGGCUGAAGAAGCUUUGCAAGUGCGCGUGCACCUUGUAAUUUUUUUUUUUUUUGUCAGGGUAUGUACAAUGUUGUAAACAGUCGCAAAGACUUUCACCAAACAUUCCCAAACACUUAAUGGCUGCAAACAUUUUUCUUGUUGUCAAAUUUGGAAUACAUUCAAAGCUUCUUUGCAACAAGAAAAACGGUAUGAGACCAUUAAAUUGUUGGUCAAUGGCCUUGUGACCGUUUGCGACCUUGAAAACCCCAAAACAUUCGCUCGGUGCCCCCGCACUUGCGAGCCUUCGCCACUCAAUGCGCCCCGGACUUGAGGCAUGAGCUAGCAUCAGCAUCAAGUCGCAACAGUUUGAGCUGGGGUUGAGGUCUGAGUCCAGGCCACGCCUUCUGCCCUUUCCGAGUCCCUCAACAGUAAACGUUGUGACUCUGGUCAUGUAUGUCACAUUGAAACUUGAACAGCCUCCCCCCCUGUUUCUUUCGACACGGGUUGUGCUCAACAUUGAGCCAGGUCGCUAUUUGAAACUGAGAAUCAUUUUUAAAGCAGGCAGGGCUUGCUGUUGUGGUGAUCGACCUCAGUCCAUUAAAUGAGAGAGCCAGAAUGGGACUAUAGUGCACGUGAGUUUGAUCUAUUACACGGGAUGAACUUGAUAGACCCUGUAUAGAUAGUCAACUGAAAUGUUUUGUUCAAGUCGUUGGGUCAAACUGUUCUGGAUGAGGUUUCAACACGUGUUCCUGGUCUUGGUCUCUGGUUUGAGAAGUUCAGAUCAACAUACAUGUGCCUUUAGUCUGUUUAGAUGACACUUGAUUCUUGGCUAUUUCAACAGUUCCCCAUCUCCAUGUAUUAAAUGUGUGACUUAGUGUUACUUGUUUGCUUUUUUCCAAUAAUGAAACAUUUGAGCUUAGUUUAUCACAAAUUAAACGUUUUUAUUUUUUUUUUAAACCAACCCUUAAAUUGUGUCGUGUCUUCAGACCAGAAUAUCUAUCCUCUCUUGCCUGUCAAUAAACUGUUCUCUGCU